AUGCGCUUCCACGCCUCUUGGAUUGGCCUUUUGGCUGCACUUCCGCAGGCUUUGGCCUCCUCAGCCCUCUACUCCACCGACUCUACAAGCUCGUCCCUCAACGCUGAGUCCAAACAUGUCGAGACUCUCUACCAAUUCCCCAACAAUGGCUCGUGGGUCGACAACCUGGCCCUGCGGUCUGAUGGCAGUCUGCUCUUUACCCUUUUGGAUGCUCCAGAAGUGUGGUCGGUCAACACCGCCAGCGGCAAUGCAUCGCUUGUGCACUCGUUCCCCAACGCGACGAGCUGCUUCGGCAUCACCGAGAUUGACGAUGAUGUUUUCGCGGUUGUAGUGGGUAACUUCUCUACCAAGACCUACAAGCCCACUGCUGGAUCCUUCUCUGUUCAAAAGUUGGAUUUCUCGAGGGGCGGAAGCAAAAAGGAGGACCGGACUUUGGCCCACCCUGCGGCAUCCAAAAUUGCGGCAUUGCCCGAGGCACAGGCUCUCAACGGAAUGACUUCUUUUACCCGGAAGUCUCACCUCGUCCUGAUCGCCGACAGCCCAAAGGGCGCGGUGUGGAAAGUCAAUACCAAGACGGGAGACUAUGGGGUCGCACUGAACGACACAACCAUGCUGCCAGCCGAGGGGCAGGCCCUUCCUCUGGGCAUCAACGGCCUGCGCGUGGUGGAUGAUUAUCUUUACUAUUCCAGCACGACCCGCAUGCAGUUCUGCCGUGUCAAAGUUGACCAUGAGGCCAAUGCUGCGGGUGACUACGAGGUGAUUGCAAGUGGAUUUUUGCCGGACAACAUGGACGUCGCGUCAGAUGGCACGGCAUAUAUUGCGACGGAUCCCCAGAACUCUGUCGUCCGUAUUACCCCCAAGGGCCAGAUCUCUCUGGUCGCUGGUGGUCAGUUGUCCACCCAGAUCCCGGGGCCUACCUCGUGCCGGUUGACUCCAGACGGAAAGACUUUGUAUGUUGGCACCAGCGGUGGUCAGGUUGCUCCUGUCUUGGGUACAUUUAAGGAGCCUGGGAAGGUGGUGAAGAUCACACUUGCGUGA